AUGGAACCUGCAAUUCAAUCAUGUAUUUUAAGAAUCAACGUAAAGCCUUAUAUAGCAAUUGCUGAUACCAGACGAAAUUUUACCUUAUAAUGUUGAAACAAAGCUUGACCACUUCAGUCAGGCGAUUAUUAAAUCUGAUUCUGAAAGGACCCGUGCGGACCAAUUAACGGCUGAAGAACGCAAAUUCAUUGAGCGUCUCCUUACACGAUAUUGUAAAGAGCAUGAACUUGGAUACAUACAAGGCAUGAAUGAAGUUAUUGGUCCAUUUGUAUAUAUGAUGAGAGACGGUAUCCCAAUUCACAAAGUGUAUAUACCAAUUUGCUAUGAUUUUAGUAUUGCACUCGAUAUUAUUAUAUAAUAAAUAGAAUAAAGCGACCAGAAAGAUUAAUUUUGUUUAUUGCAAAUGGACAUAGCUGCUUCGAGAAUUUCGUUGGUGUAUGCUUGCCUUAUCUAUUUAUUGAUAAAAGCUUGAGACCUGUUCAAGGAUUAUUUUUAAUUUUCAAACUGCUCCUAAGAUACCAUGAGCCUGUAAUUUGCAAUUUUUUGCAGUCAAAGUGCAUAACCCCAGAACUUUUUGCGACUUCUUGAUUCCUCACAGGCUUUGCUGGCAAAAUAAAAAAUUUGGAAGUUUUAUAUAAGAUUUGGGAAGAAAGCAUCAUUGAAGCUGAUCCUUUAUUUUUCUGUUUCAUUGGGAUUGCAUUUCUAAAAAAAUUCAAGAAUUUUAUAAUGAGUGCUGAGGACGAGAGGCUUGCCUCAUCAAUUUCCAGAAUGUUUGACUCAGAAAUAAUUGACCCUGGCGAAAUAAUUGACUCCGCAAGGAAAAUGAAGAAAAAUAUGCCGAAUUCUAUGCACAGCAAAUUGGCAAGCUAUGAGCUAUAUGACUUAGAAACAAUCAACUCAACAAUACAAAAUCUUAAAAAAGAGUGCACGCUGUCAAUUCUUUCACGAGAAGCAAUGCAGAGGUGUUAUCCUGAUGUCAAUUUUUGUGGAUGCACACACAGGGCGUGCUCGUGGUGCACUGCAAGUGAAAAUGAUGUACUUGUAAUGAUUUUAGACUGCAGAACUGAGUAUGAGCAGAAAGCAGGGGUUUAUCCAAAUACAGCACUUUUAGACCCAAAUGCAUAUAAAGACCACAAUAUACUCAUGCAAAUUCCAGAUAUGCUGGAAGGAAUCAAAGGGGUUUAUCAUAUCUGUCUGCUAGGAAGCAAGUGUUUCAGAACUUCCAAUUUUGAUUUGUCUGGAAGCUAUGACACCAAUAACCAAGAUGCGGUCCAAAAUAUGUUAGAAAAUUUAUUGCAAAUCCUUUUUGCAAAAGAUUUUCCUUAUGUAAGCGUUGUAGAAGGAGGUUUUGAGCGAUGUCAUGAGAUCGCGUUAUAUAAUGACUUGCUGAUUACCAAUCAUUCUCAUGAUUAUUGCUUGGUCUGUUCUCCAAAUGGGCCUAAAUAUACUUCAAUAGUUAAAAAUAAGUUGUCAAACCUGAAAAGGUCAAUGGUUGGAAGAGUUCGAGCGCUUUCUUUGAACUUAAAAGGGAUUGGAAAAUCAAUUUCUCUCCUUGAGCCAUCAAAAAAGACAGAAAGAGAAAAUAUUCCACUAGUGGUAAGUGCAAAUACAAAAUAUUUUUUAUGUAAACAAUAUGACAAGUCAACAGGAGAAAAGUCCCAAGAUAAGCCAUUUUUCUAUAACUAACUAUAAAAGCACCAAUAAUCUAUAUAUUAAAAUAGCCACCAUCGAAAUAGAAUAAUUUUUCACUGGUGGUUUCAGAUUCAGAUAUCUACCUAGGCCUCGCUCCAAGCUCAGAUCCCAAAAAAAUAGUGGAACUGAUUGGCUGCUUCAAGAUUGAGAAUUUACUGAAGAUGAGCUCUCCAAGAAAUAUAGAAAAUAAUAUCACUCUUCAUUUCAGUAAUUUAGAUAAGCCUCUCUCAUUAUUGAUGACCUCGAAGUCUCAAAUGCAAAGUUGCGUGGAAUUUAUUUCCAAAAAAUACCAUAAUCUCAAACCAAGUCUUAAUAAUUAA